ACCUGAGGUAAAACCAUGUUGAGGAGUCAAUACACAGUGACCAGACCGGUGUACUCUGAUGAUUCCUUUGCUAUCGAUCAUGAGAAAGUCUUCAGGCUGCGUAAAACCCCCCUGGACAAAGUGAAGGAGUACCUGACCUGUGAUUCAAAACGCAUCAAGAACGUGGUGCUCUCUCUUCUGCCCAUCAUUGGCUGGAUGAGGAUCUACAGAAUCAAAGAGUGGCUGCUGGGUGAUGUGGUCUCUGGAGUCAGCACUGGACUGGUGGCCAUCAUGCAGGGACUGGCCUUCUCUCUGCUGGCCUCGCUGCCCCCCAGUUAUGGUCUUUACACAGCUUUCUUCCCCGUGCUGACGUACUUCUUCCUGGGUACUUCAAGACACAUAUCUGUAGGAUCCUUCCCUGUCCUGAGUCUGAUGGUGGGAGCAGUGGUGACCCGCCUGGUCCCAGAAGUUGGACCAUCAGCCAACAUCACCGGCUUUGAUAAUCUGACCAUGUACGAGAAGAGGGUUGUGGUGGCAUCCUCUCUUACCUUCCUCAUGGGGAUCUUCCAACUUGCGAUGGGUCUCCUGCAGGUGGGCUUUAUUGUUGUGUACCUGUCGGACACUCUUGUGUCUGGCUUCACCACAGCAGCUGCAGUCCACAUCCUGGUGUCACAGCUCAAGUUUGUGUUGGGAUUGGAGGUUCCAGGCAUCAGUGGUCCGCUCUCCAUCAUUUAUACGCUGGAGGAGAACUUUGUCCAGAUCACCUCCACCAACAUCUGUGACCUGGUGAUGUCCAUAAUCAUCAUGAUUGUGGUGUUUAUUGCGAAGGAGCUGAACGACAAGUACAAAGCCAAGCUGCCUGUUCCCAUUCCUAUAGAGGUCAUCAUGACUAUCAUCUCGUGUGGACUGUCCUAUGGUUUCAACUUUGAGAAAAGAUUUGGGGUUUCAAUUGUUGGCAAAAUGGUUAGCGGGUAUGAGUCUCCCAUUGCACCCAGUAUAGAAGUCUUCCAGGAGAGUGCUGUGGAGGCUUUUCCUAUAGCGAUUGUGGGGUUUGCUGUUGCCUUUUCUGUGGCUAAAGUCUACUCCAUCAAACAUGACUACACCAUCGAUGGAAACCAGGAGCUGAUUGCGUUUGGAGUCAGCAACAUAUUUGGUGCAAGCUUCCGGUCGUUUGCAGCCAGCACCGCUCUCUCCAGGUCGGCUGUGCAGGAGAGCUCAGGAGGAAGAACACAGAUUGCAGGACUGAUCUCAGCUUUAAUGGCGAUGGUUGUAACUUUGGCGCUUGGCUUCCUGCUGGAGCCACUUCCCAGGUCCGUCCUGGGAGCCUUGGUCAUCGUGAACCUGAAGGGCAUGCUGAUGCAGUUCAGAGAGAUUCCUUACCUGUGGAGAAGAGACAAAACAGAAUGUGUGGUCUGGUUGGGGACUUGUAUCGGUGCCAUCCUGCUGGGACUGGAUCUGGGUCUGGGGGUGGGCUUGGGGAUCGAGCUGCUCACUGUCGUCUUCAGGACUCAAUUCCCUCGCUGUUCUGUCUUGGCCAGCAUUGCGGGCUCCGACCUCUACAAAGACCGCAAAGAUUACGUGGAGCUUUAUGAACCUCAGGGAGUAAAAAUCUUCAGGAUACCCUCGCCUAUCUUCUUCGCCAAUAUUGAUUUCUUCAAGGACAAACUUAUAGAAGCUGUUGGGUUCAACCCUCUGAGGGUUUUAAGGAAAAGGAAUAAGGCUCUCAUGAAAAUCAAGGCAAUGUGGCAGAAAAGGGAUGUUAAUAUUACAGAGAAAGGCAUGUGGGAUUUAUUUCUCCAGAUGACCGAUGAGUCUCAAAUGAAGCCGAGUGAAACGGCCUCUGAGCUCAAAGGCCUUCCCUUUAAAGUCUGCUGGAAUGCAGAACUUCCUGCCUGCAUCAGCGUUCCCAGAGUGGACAUCCACAGUGUGAUCCUGGACUUUUCUGCCGUCUCUUUCCUGGACAUCUCGGCCCUGAAGGGACUCAAAGCGAUGCUCAAAGAGUUCAUCCACGUCGAUGUGAAUGUUUACAUCGCUUCAUGUGACGUGUACAUCCUGGAGACUCUGCACAGCUGCAUGUUCUUUGAUGAUGAGAUUCACACCUCCAUGUUCUUCCCGACCAUUCAUGACGCCAUGCUGCACGUGCUGGAGACACGCAAAGACAUAAACACAGGCUGCGUGAGCCAUCAGAGGAAACAACCCUCAGAUAUUGAAAUCCAAUCUACUGCAGUCCUUGACCCUGAUCCUGCCGUCGAGGUAGAGACCUCACCUCUCUCACCUUGCUGAGUUAUCAGACACACAACUAUAAAAGAGUAACAGCCUCUGGGAAGGACCAUCAACAAGACCUCAUAGAUGUUUACUACAUACUGUUUUUACCAACAUUUGUACAUUUUAUUUAGUGAGUUUUUUUUGUUGUUUUUCUUUUACAAUUCCUUAAAAUUUGAAGAGCAUCAUGUGAUUUUUAGAGGAUUGAGUCUUUGUUGUCACAGGACUUGUUACGCUCUAUUGUGGUGUCAUUUUUAAAGACUGUUUUUACAAGGAAUGCAAUGUAUCCAGUUGAAAUAAACACUGUUAUACGUUACAAA